ACAUCGCUGGAAUAAGGAAGAGGACGGAGGACGCACAGUGUUAUGCUGCACUCUCGACAGAAUGGGUGAGCAUCAGACCUGCGUGAAGCUCAGUGAAGAGAAACUUAUUCCAAAGUCUGACAUCUUGUCACUGCUGAGGACCUACAACUGUUACCACGAAGGAAAAAACUUCCAGCUGAGGACUCGUGAGGAAGAAGGAGAGUUUAUCCUCGAGGGAUUGUUGAACAUCUACUGGGGUCUUCGUCGACCAAUCAGACUUCAGAUGUACGAUGACAAUGAAAGACUCCGUCUGAACCGAAACGAUAGAUCUGCUGUGGCAUCGGCAGAGUCCAACAAUAAUUCACUUGUCAGUGAAACUGGACCAGAGAGUGAUGACAUGGGUGUUCAGGAGGAGGAAGACUCUCCUCAGCUGCUGAGGACCAGGAGCGACGCUUCCUUCAUGCGGGUUCAGAGGAGGCCAAAGACGCACACCGCCAGAGACCUGCAGCGCCUGCGUGCACACAGGUUCUCAAUCAACGGACACUUCUACAACCACAAGACGUCUGUAUUUACUCCAUCUUAUGGUUCGGUCACUAACGUACGAGUAAACAGCUCCAUGACGACAGCACAAGUCCUCAACCUGCUGCUCCACAAGUUUAGGGUGGAGAAUACAUCUGAAGAGUUUGUCCUGUAUGUGGUGCACGAGUCUGGGGAGCGGACCCGCCUGAGGGAUGGUGAAUACCCUCUGGUGGCUCGCGUGCUUUUUGGCCCCUGUGAGGAAAUCUCCAAGAUCUUCCUAAUGGAAGCCGACCUGGGGGAGGAAGUCACAUACGAUGUUGCCCAGUACAUAAAGUUCGAGGUCCCUGUUUUAGACAGCUUCGUGGAGAAACUCAAAGAGGAAGAGGAACGGGAGAUAAACAAACUGACCAAAAAGUACGGUGCUCUGAGGUCUAAGAUUCUACAUCAGCUGGAAGGCCCAGUGCACGACACUGACAGAGUAUAGCGUGUGUGUGUGUGUGUGUGUGUGUGUGUGAGUGUGAGUGCAACACUAAUGAUUGUUGAUUUAUUGUGGGAACAGAUACUGUAGUGAAUGUAGAGGUAAAAGGGUGAAAGUAAAGACCCAAUAGAACCAUAUCAAACACCAAUGUGCUUCUGCUUUUAGAAUUACAUAUCUCAACUAUUUCUAGGAUGUCUUUUGUCAAUGUAAUUACUAAAAAUGUAUCCCUGUAUUGAUAACUCUGCUAUUAUUGUGUUCACUUUUUGUAUAAAAACUCCAAUUGCAAAUAUU